ACUCUGCUUGUGCUUACAUCAACAUCUCAAUUAAACUUUAAAUACAUUCUGCGAAAUUAAACAUUUUUGCAUAUUCAUUAAUGUCGAACAAUAAAGAAGUUGAACACGUUUGGAAUAUCAAUGUGUCACUCUUUCGAAAUUGCAUGGAUCGAUGCAUUUUAACCGCAGAAUGCCGAUAUCAACUUCAUUUGUUCAUAAACCGAUUUCUCCGUGAAUGGAUAUUUUACUGAAAGCAAGGAACCAUAAUUAUGCAUUAGCAUAACUUAUAUGCAUGUAUAUAGUACAUCUUAAACAUUCUGACGUCACGUAGAUGAUUUAUGUACAUCAAGUGACAGUACAUAUCAUUCCACGAGGUAUAUGCACGUGUCGAUCUAACGUCCUCAUAGCACAGCCCGUGCUUCACUCUACACAACAUACAUAUGUAUGUAUGCUACAUAUCCCAAGGCCAUGGUGAUGUAUUGGUGCUGCCACUUAGCGAUAAACAGUGAAAAUCAGUAAAAACCAAUGAAAACUCGAAAAUAGAAAAAAUUAAUGAUCUCCGGUACCGGUACUAGUGCAAUAGUACCAAUUGUUCAAAAUUAAUGUUCCUGGAAUCAAAAAACUUGUGGAGGGACAGCGGGUGCAACAUACAUACAUACAUGCAUACAUACAUACAUGCAUACAUACAUACUCAACCCGGACAGACACUGGUUUACAGCGUAGAGUGUUUAGGUUACGUUAGACGCGAGGAACAUAGGAAAACACAAGGAAUAACUCGAAGGUGUUGAUGUGUUUAUUAUUUUCAUUGGAAGAAAUAACUGUGAUCGACCAUGAAUCCUGCAGAAGAUUGGAGCGGCAAUUGUCAGACACCGAUAGACGAUCAGACACAGGAAAUCGCCCAUGAGGAAUCUAAACAAGCUAUACCUGGAUACGUUAAGUUCGACGACUACAUUCAGGAUGCGUUUGAUGCUAUAAGAGUUGGAAUCAAAGCAGCGAAUGCUUUGCCGAUCGAAUCAAACUUUAACUAUUAUUGCUGUUUUCCUAGUUUUUUAACUGCCAAAGAUAAUAAUGUGGAGCUAUUGUUAAGCGUUAUGCAGCAUGUUUUGGGAACCGCGGGUAUUAAAGGUAACAUUUCUAGGCUCGAUACGGAAGAAAAGUUUGACCUUCUGUUGGAAUCCAACGACAUACUCCUGGACAGAGCAAACUUGUUAAUGGAUGAAGAAUCUGGCAUUGUGAAGACAUCCGAAGUAGAAUUUGUUGUAACGCAGACGAAAAAACAGACUGUGAACGGCAGUUGGAACAAACGACCGUCUCGAUUGACCGAAACGAUUGACGCUGCGCAAUCCGUUCGGCUACUUGCCGGUAGAAACAUUCAAAGACCUCAAAUAAUGUUCAAGGAUAAAAUUGAUAACAGCUCGAAACCAUGGUGCCCCAAGAUCAAAGACAAACCAAACUCUUUGAAACCUUUGGCAAUUUAUUUGGAAGAGGGCGAGAACGGAGAAACUUUCAGUCAUCCGUACGAAUACGAAUUGGACAUCUUUACUCCCCCUUGCAGCCAGUUACAGAAAUUCGAACCUAAGAAAUAUAAAUCUCUAGACGAAACGCCCUUGAUAAUGAUCGAGAACCCGUCCGAUGUCAAAACACUGAUACAAGACUUGAAUAGGUACAAAGAAAUUGCCGUAGACUUGGAGCAUCAUUCCUAUAGGAGUUUCCAAGGAAUAACUUGCCUAAUGCAAAUCUCGACGUCAGAUGCGGAUUACAUAAUCGAUACAUUGACGUUACGUUCCGAGCUGCACGAGUUGAAUGAAAUUUUUACGAAACCUACAAUUCUGAAAGUAUUUCAUGGCGCGGAUCUAGACAUUCAAUGGCUUCAACGAGAUUUAUCCCUGUACGUGGUGAACAUGUUCGACACACAUCAAGCCGCGAAACAACUUAAUCUGCCUUAUUUGAGUUUAGCAUACCUGCUGAAACAUUAUUGUAACGUAGAUCCGAACAAACAUUUUCAAUUGGCCGAUUGGCGAAUAAGACCUUUGCCUGAAGAACUUCAAAGAUACGCUAGAGAAGAUACGCAUUAUUUAUUGUUUGUGAAAGAUAUACUGAAGAAUGCUUUAAUAGAUGUUGCCAAUGGACAAACGAACAUCUUGAAAGCAGUGUACGAUAGAAGUACAGACAUAUGUAAGAAAACUUACGUAAAGCCGUUCUGGACGGAAGAAAAUUGUAUGAGUCUGUAUAGAAAGAGUCAGAAAAUGUUUAAUAAUAAACAGCUUUAUGCUCUGAGAGAAGUUCACAAAUGGAGAGAUUCGACUGCCAGGGAAGAAGACGAUAGCACCGCUUACGUUUUACCGAACCACAUGCUCUUGAAUAUAGCGGAAACAUUACCACGCGAGAUGCAAGGAAUCUUGGCGUGUUGCAAUCCUAUACCUCCUUUGGUCCGACAACAUUUGCUAAAGUUACACAAAAUCAUAUUGAAGGCUAGAGAACAGCCGCUCAUCAAACCAGUUCUCGAGGAUCUCAGGCAAAGGUUGACCCAAAGAAAUCAGAUUUCAAAUUCAGAAACUUGGAUGCAUUCGCCCCAUGAUAUUCCAAGCGGUAUGGAAGCGAGAGCCGAUUUACCAUGUUUGUUGGACAAAAGUAUGGUAUCUGAAACAUCAUUGACAAAUACUACAGUGGAACAUACGGUUACAGUGUUCGAUAGCCCAGUCACAUCCGAGGACGAAGAAUCUACAAAGGACGAUCAACAAAGCGUCAAAAAGAAAAAGUUUGUGUUUGUUAGUCCGUUCGAACGAUAUAAACGCGUGAUACCAAUGAUAGCACUGGAAGAAGCACAAGAAAGGGAAAGGCAAAAGCAAAAAGAAGAAAAUCGAGCGACAGAAAUGCAGAAACAAGAAGACCAAGAAGAAAUAGCGGGAAGCAAAAAUAGAGUUUACGAACAUUUCAAACAAGUUUCUAAUAUAACGGCAAGAGAAAAUUCGAAGAAACCGGCACCGGUAUCCUUGUGUCAACUACAAGGGCGAAAACGAAAGCGAGAUUCCAAUAUCAAAAAAGAAGCUGGAACGCGAGAGAAGGAAGACGACAGUUUAUUAACGCCAGCUCCGUCAUUGGUGAAAGAUGAAUCGGACGACGAGACAUCCUUAAUGGAGGAGCAGAAGGUAGAAAAUUAUCUAGCAAGAAUCCGAGAUCGAGGCGAAGUCAAGGAAACGAUCAAAUCUAUACGUAUAAGGAAAAAGGGAGAUAAACGGCAAACGAUACAAGAGUUGAAGAAUAUAGGUUUGAUGCCAUCGAGAAACUUUGAUUACAAACAAGUCGAUUUCAGUUCCUUCCAAGGAGGAAGCGCAAAUACAACGAACAAAGCGAACUUUGUGCAAACGAUGAAAAAACAACACGAGAAGAGACGAAAGCGAAAGAAUUCGGUACAGAAAAUGGUAUUCUUUCCGACGUUGUUGAUCAAGCUCUCUUUGGUUUCUGCAGCAUAUGGCCUGCUGUUCGACAGAAAUGCGAAUCAAAAUGAAAAUACCAGUAGAAACGUAAACGUUACAGUGAAAAAUUCCUUGACCGGUUAUAUGAGAAAUUUAUCAGAGUUCAUUUAUACGAUCUCUGGUUCUUCGGAUCUCGUAGACUAUCGCGCAGAAUCUAAAUCGGAUCAAGUCGAUUGUCUUGGUUUGGGUAAAACGUUUGCGACAUUUUUGGAAUGGCUUUUCACGAGCAAACCAAAUGGAACGAAAGCUUUGGAUAUCAAAUUUUUACUGUCUUCGCGGAAUCAACCGCAACGCGUCCAGGUAGUGAUCGGAGAACAAUUUGGUUUGGAGUGGACAGACUAUCGAAUCGACCGUCCAACUAUUAUAAUUGUACAUGGAUUUUUAUCGAACGGUCAAGAAUCGUGGAUCAAUGAUUUGGAAACAUCGUUUCUCCAAUGGAACGACGUGAACGUUGUGGUCGUUGACUGGAGUAGCGGAGGUAAUACUUGGAACUAUUACAAAGCUGCAGUAAAUACAAGAGUAGUGGGAUAUGAAAUUGCAAGAUUUUUAGAACAGAUAGAAGAUGCGACGAACGUUGGAAGCGUCGGCGGCAGCAACGAUAAGAGCCGGGGACCUUUACACUUGGUGGGUCACAGUCUCGGGGCACACAUAUGCGGGUUUGCGGCGAAGGAGCUGAAAAGAAAACGGAGCGCGUGGAGAGUGAAAAGAAUAACAGGAUUGGAUCCUGCCCAGCCUUGUUUCAGGAACGCGGAUUCCACCGUGAAGCUUCACAAAUCCGACGCAUCGUUCGUAGACAUUAUACACACUAAUGGGAAAUUGCUCUCGAAAAUCGGAUUAGGUUUACCGGAGCCGAUAGGCCACGCUGACUUUUAUCCGAACGGUGGGAAAAGCCAACCUGGCUGCGUGGAAAUAGACGCUUCGUACAACCAAUAUUUACCGUUUCCUGUCCGAGAGAUCGGUAAUUCCAUCUGCAGUCAUGGACGUUCGUACGUUUAUUUAACGGAGUCGUUGAUAUCCGACGUUAAACAUAAUUGUACAUUUUGGGCGCAUCAUUGGGAUUUAUCGUAUCGAAAUCUAAUGGCGGUUGGGUCGGAACUUUGUACUAGAAACAUUUGCACCGAAAUGGGUAUAAACGCCAUAAAUUAUCCCCAGCGUGGAACAUUCUUCGUUGCUACUUCGAACUCGACCCCAUUUUGCCUAGUUGUCAACGACACUGGUGCGGUCGGCCAAGCCAUCGUUCAGGUGGAGAAGAACAACAGGGACGAACUUUGCGACUGAAACUGAUCGUUCGAUUCAAAUAAAUAAUCAACGUGUACCGACUAUAUAUUCUCAAAUAAAUGCUCUUUACUUUGCUCAUCGGUAA